AUGGCGAUAGCUGUCAUCCACGUUCGGACAGGAGCUCUGAUGUUCUACGUUUGGGUGUUCGUCGACGGGCACUUGACGGACGCCGUACCCCCGUCCGGUACGCCGGUGAGCGCCUACCUCGACGAGCAACAGUUCGAUGGCGUGGCAGGCAAUGACACCAUGGAAGACCCUUGCGUUGCUCUUCUUCAGGGAAUACUUUCACUCGUGGUGGAAAUGUCUUCUGCUAAAUGCCAGCGUACCCUCUUCAAGAGAUAG